AACCUGGGUGCAUUGGUGCUGCAAUCCCACGGGAUAAAGAGCAUCUCUGGGCAGAGCACAGGAUGACGGAGGCGGCAGGAAUAGCCGUGUCCUGAGGCAGCCGCCAGCUCUUAUCAUUCCCUGAGGUGACCCAGGCUGGGACAGUGACACGGGGUGGCUGUGGCAGAGCAUCAGGAUGGGGAGAGAAGCGAAGCAGCGAGAAACAUGCAGCUCUGGGCAGAGGGAGUUGAGUACCAGGAGCGUCAGGCAUGGAGCACCCAGCCAUGCCCUGGAUCUUGCUGUGACACCUGGCAGACCCCUGGCAUACUCAGGCAGGUGGACACUGUGGUUUGCAUCGCCCAGGCUCAGCUGCUGGUGCAAACUUUAGUCCAGAGCCUGCCUGCGACCGCUCCCACGGCACGCCACACUCUGCGGAUGGGGAGAGGAGAGGAGAGAGGACGAGGAGGAUGGCGAGCGCACCGGAGCCGCUCUGGGGGAUGGAGCUGGCCAUCCUGUGUUCCCCUUCCUCCAGCAAGGUCAGCUCAUCCCUCUGGGAGAAGGUCCUGCUGGAAACUAAGAACAGAGCCACUCCAGGAGCGCAGUGGAGCCUGGGGCAGUGACCCGGCUCUCACCCCAGCUGCAGGGCAUGGAUGGGGCCACCCUCAGCCUCAUGGGUGCUGCAGGCAGGUCUGUGUUGGGGCAGAAGAAGGCUCCUGGACAGGUUGGUGUCAUCACAACCUUGGUCACCACAUCCCUCAAGUGCUUGGUUCAAAGUCCUGAAGCAGUGGCUGAAGUCUCUCCAGGUACAGAGGACUUCAGGUGAGGUUGGGCUUUGUUACCAGUGGACCACAGCAAGUGUAGGACAUUCCCUUGGGCAAGGGGCAGACUUGUGCCCUCCACCUGGCAGGAGCCUGGGGAGGGCUCGUCCAGUCUGGGGUACAGCUGAAUCCAUCUGGGAACGUGCAGUUCCCACCCCAGCUGCAGCAUCCCCACUGCUGAGCACAGCAGUGUCAGCACCAAUUCCCAUCAAGCUCUGGCUCUGGGGGCCAUCCCCCCAUGCCCAGUGGGCUGUGCUGGAGGAGGAGGUGAGAUUGGGAUACUCAUCAGCAUCCUGAGCCCUGGUUGUGGGGUCUCAUCACUCUCUAACCUGGACCCCUCUGUAACAGGGGCCAGCAAAUCCUCUCAGGGAUGUCUGUUGCAUCCCAAGCAGGAGGAGGCAAACCCUUGACCCAAAAGAUUUGGUUAGAGCACGGUGUUAAUAGUGCCGAGGUCGUGGGUUCAGUCCCCACGUGGGUCAUUCACUGAAGAGUUGGGCUCAAUGAUCCUUUUGGGUCUCUUCCAACUCCGAGUAUUUUAUGAUUCUAUCUCCUGCCCUGAGCUUACAGCCUCAGUACCACGGGAAAAGCAAAACACCUGGAAAACCUCCUCUCUGCAGGAUGCAAAUCCCAUCAAAACUGGUGGUGGAAAGGCACGGGGCAAUUAUUGAGCUGCAAACUCUUCUCUUUCUCCCCAGAGGUUGACAGUGGGCUUCCCACCGGCCGCCCACUCCCAGGCAGCUGCUGCACAGCUCCUGGAUGCUGGGAAAUUCAGCCUUCCCAGAGGAGCUGGCUCUGGCUGUCAGAGCCUGGGUCAAUAUAUGAUAAUGGGGCUUUGAAACGGCGCUGCUGCGGGAGCCGCUGCCCAGGACUCUGAUUCACAGCUCCCCUCUGGUGCUUUCUCCCGCAGCGUGUAGGGGAAGGAGAAUAAAAUAAAUAAGAGUAGAAGGGAAGGGGAGGAAGGGAGCUUAAAUUAUAAAUGAGUACUAAGUUUCCAGAGCCCCUGUGGGCAGCUCAGUGAAGUGGUGUGGGGGUCAGAGGCAGAGCUCUCCUGUGCAUCCCACUUUUGCAAAUACAGCCCUGUGGGGUGUGGGUCAGGGUUUGCCCAGGGGCAUGGCACCAUGCCAGGCUGCCUCUCUGCCUCUUGGCUGUCACCCUCCUGCUGCCAUGGGCCAGAUCUGGAGGGUGCCACGGAGCCCAGAGGGAUUCCCCUGGCACAGACUAUAAUUAGCAUUAGCUGAGAGCUGCUAAUGAGGCCUGGUGAUGAUCUGGUUUUGCCACCCCAUGGAGAUGCCUCCGCAGGAGUGUGUCCUCACUUGGGUCCAGGGCACUGGGCUGGCUCAUGGCAACAGGCAGGGAUGGGACCCCUGAGUCGAGGGUCCUGGUGUGGAGGAGUUGGGGUAUCACAGACCCACAACCCAGGCAGGUUGGGGUAAGUGGGAGAG